AUGUCGAAGGUCGAUCCAGAAACGCAGUCCAAAUGGGAUGAACAGCUGGACUAUAGCAAGUUACCUGAAUGGAAAGAGUGUGCAGCCAUUCUCAACAAACGAUGCCAGUUCAUGGAAGCUAGAGAUAGCAAGCAGCUACGAUCGGAUUUUACUCACAAAUCAUUCAACAAACCAAAACCUACUUUUGUCAACAAUCGUCGUCCUCAAACUUCACUUGCUGCUCAUCAGCAUUCUUGUAUCUUUUGUCGGGACAAUACUCAUUCAAUUACAGGCUGUAAAGAUUUUGCUGAGCUUUCAGUAAUGGAUCGUUAUUUCAAAGUGAAAAAAUUAGGGCUUUGCUUAAAUUGUUUAGGAAAAGGUCACAAUGUUUCGAAAUGUCCGUCGAAUUAUAAAUGCAAGAGUUGCAAGCAAUCACAUCAUAGCCUUUUGCACAGGCCUACAGAUAAUAGUACUAGUGUUGAAGUUUCACAAGGUUCAUUGAAUACAACAGCUGCAGCACAUUCCGCAUUGGAGAAGGAGCGUGUUCUCAAUCAAGUUAUUUUGGCAACAGCCUUAGUUCUCGUGAAAGACUCAUCGGGUAGUUUUCAGUUGGGUAGAAUUCUACUGGAUUCUGGUUCUCAGGUUAACUUUGUUAAUGAGAAGUUUGCAAAUUCGCUCUGUCUUAAAAAACAAAGAAGGAACGUCGAUAUAGUGGGAAUAGGACAUACAGAAACACAAACCAAGUAUCUAACUCAAUCGACAAUUCGCUCUAGAUACAACAAUUUCGAAAUUUGUUUAGAAUUUUUAGUCGCACCCUCCAUUACAGGGUAUCAACCGGAAGCAGCACUUAACAUAAACAACUGGAAUCUUCCUACGAAUUUGGACUUGGCAGAUGAGAGCUUUAAUCAGCCAUCUCAGAUAGAUAUGUUGGUAGGUGCUGAAGCAUUCUUUGAUUUGCUGGAAACAGGUCAAGUCAAAUUAGGUGAAGGACUUCCACACCUGCAAAAAACUGCUUUAGGUUGGAUAGUAUCUGGUAGAUACAAAUCAAAAGUAGUCGAAGCGAAUAGAUCGUGCUUCGUCAAUUCAAAAGAUAGUUCUUUGGAUAAAUAUUUAGAGAAGUUUUGGGAACUUGAAGAGAUUCAGGGUCAACAGUCGAUGUGGUCUGAAGAGCAAACUGCAUGUGAGGAACACUUCAAGGACAACAUCGAAGUUCUACCCAGCGGUCGACUAAUGGUUCACCUACCUCUCAAACGAGAUCCCAACUGUCUUGGAGCUUCCUAUGAUAUAGCCUUCAGAAGAUUUUUAUCUCUGGAGCGUAGGUUAUCUAAGAACUCAUCGUUGAAAACGGAAUACGUAGAUUUUAUGAAACAAUAUGAAUCUUUAGGUCACAUGUCAGUCGUACACAAUCCUAAUCUCGAAAUCGCUCACUAUUACUUACCACAUCAAUGUGUAAUUAAGCCUGAAAGCGUGUCUACAAAAUUGCGCGUAGUAUUUGACGCAUCUUGCCGAACAUCGUCACAAAUAUCCUUGAAUGGAAUACUUAUGGUCGGUCCUACGAUACAGGACGAACUUGUUAUAAUUUUACUUCGCUUUAGACUUUAUCGAUAUGCUCUAACAGCCGACAUUGUCAAGAUGUAUCCACAAAUCUUAGUACAUCCAUCGCAUAGGAGGUUGCAGUUUAUCUUAUGGAGAGAAGAUGCACACACUCCUAUUAAAACAUACCAGCUUAACACCAUAACAUAUGGUACGUCAUCAGCACCGUUUUUGGCAAUUCGUUGUCUUCAGUAUUUGGCCGAUAAAAACCAAGAGCAUUUAAGGCUAGGAGCUUCUGUUCUAAAGUCUGAUUUUUACGUGGACGAUAUGUUGACUGGAGCAGACGACUUAGAUACUCUAACCCAAAAACGAAACGAAGUUGUUUCCAUUUUGAAUUCAGCUGGAUUAGAGCUUUCAAAAUGGAAUAGCAAUCAUUUUUCCUUAAUCGAGGAAACAAAACAAAAAGAAAUAAGAUUAACUGAAUCAAAUCUCGCGAGCACGUUAGGUAUAGCUUGGAAUCCUGUGGCAGAUGAAUUCAGUUUUUCUUACAAGCCAAAUCGAUCGUAUACAAAAUACACUAAGAGAUCCAUUUUAUCUCUUUCUUCGUCCCUUUUCGAUCCAAUGGGUUUGCUCAGCCCCAUCAUUAUUCGAGCUAAGAUCCUGCUACAACAGCUUUGGAUAGAUAAAGUUGACUGGGAUGCAUCAAUUCCACAAAACAUCGACAUUGAGUGGCGUCAAUUUAUGAUCGAUCUACACUCUAUUCAAAAUCUCUCUGUUCCUCGAUUCGUGUUUGUAGAAAAUAAAACAAACUACCAAAUACAUGGCUUCGCCGACGCUUCUAUGAAGGCAUAUGGUUGCUGUAUAUAUCUGAGAAGUAUAGAUACGUUCGGGUCAGUAGAAGUGAAGCUUUUAGUCGCCAAAUCUAGAGUUGCGCCAGCUAAGAAGAAACAACUUCCGCGCUUAGAGCUUUGUGCAGCACAUCUUUUAUCCAAACUCUGGUUAAAAAUUCAAAGAGUGAUCGACAAAAACUUCUCGGAAGCAUUCUUUUGGACUGAUUCUGCAAUUGUUUUGCACUGGAUAUCCACACACUCAUCAAGGCUCAACACAUUUGUUGGAAAUAGGGUAGCAGAAAUUCAGGAGACAACGAAGCAGGUUGUUUGGAAACAUGUUCCAACAUGUUCCUGCAGAUGUCGUUUCCCGAGGAUGUUCCGUGGGAGAGCUACAAAACUCAAUUUGGUUUAA